UGCCCUCAGGUACACACACCAGCAGCGGUCACACACAGAGGAGCCAGUGUUUCCUCGGCUCUCUACUCGUGGAUCUCCUCAGCCAGAAGGUCGAGUCCCGCAGGAAGAACCCGAAGAGGAACCGAGGAGAAGCGGAGGAGGAACCGAGGAGAACCCGAGGAGGAACCACAGGAGGAACCACCGGAGCAGGGGAGGAGCAGCAGAAAAGCAGAAGAGGAGGAACCCCCGGAGGAGCCUCGGAUGUUCAGCUGGGUGAAGCAGGAGCAGGGUCGCGGCCGGGAGGGCGAGAUGUACGCGACGGUGACCGAGGGUCUUCAGAGCCUCUACACCCGGAAGCUGCUGCCGCUGGAGGAGACCUACCUCUUCCAUGACUUCCACUCGCCGGCCCUGGAGGCCGCGGACUUCCAGAGCAAGCCCAUGGUGCUGCUGGUGGGACAGUACUCCACCGGGAAGACCACCUUCAUCAGGUACCUGUUGGAGCAGGACUUCCCGGGGAUGAGGAUCGGUCCGGAGCCGACCACCGACGGCUUCAUCGCUGUGAUGUACGGAGAGAACGAAGGCGUCGUCCCCGGCAACGCUCUGGUGGUCGACCCCAAGAAACCCUUCAGGAAACUCAACGCCUUCGGAAACUCCUUCCUGAACAGGUUCAUCUGCUCUCAGAUGCCCAACCAGGUUCUUCAGAGCAUCAGCAUCAUCGACACCCCUGGUAUCCUGUCAGGAGAGAAGCAGCGAAUCAGCAGAGGUUACGACUUUGCGGAGGUCCUGCGCUGGUUCGGCGAGCGGGUGGACCGCAUCAUCCUGCUGUUCGAUGCCCACAAACUGGACAUUUCUGACGAGUUCUCCGAGGCCAUCAAAGCCUUCAAGGGCCAAGACGACAAGAUCCGAGUGGUCCUGAACAAGGCCGACCAGGUGGACACGCAGCAGCUGAUGCGAGUGUACGGCGCCCUCAUGUGGUCACUGGGGAAAGUGAUUAACACUCCGGAGGUGGUGAGAGUUUAUCUUGGUUCCUUCUGGGCCAAACCACUGCAGAACACAGAGAACAGGCGUCUCUUCGAGGCGGAGUCCCAGGACCUCUUUAAGGACAUCCAGAGUCUCCCGAGGAACGCUGCUCUGCGUAAACUCAACGACCUGAUUAAGAGAGCUCGUCUGGCCAAGGUGCACGCUUACAUCAUCAGCUACCUGAAGAAGGAGAUGCCGUCUCUGUUUGGACGAGAGAAGAAGAAGGAGGAGUUGAUCAUGAGGCUUCCGGAGAUCUACACCAUCCUGCAGAGGGAGCAUCACAUCAGCCCCGGAGACUUCCCCAACGUCACCAAGAUGCAGGACAUGCUGCAGCACUACGACUUCGGCAAGUUCCCGUCCCUGAAGGUGAAGCUGAUCGAGUCGGUGGAUAAGAUGAUGGCCACGAAAAUCGCCGGUUUGAUGGCGAUGAUCCGAGAGGAGGAGAUCAAGGCUCCGCCCGUCUUGGUGUCGGGCGGCGCCUUCGAGGGCUCUCAGGACGGCCCCUUCGGCCGCGGCUACGGCGAGGGCAUCAGCGCCGGCGCCGACACGGAGGACUGGAUCGUGAGCCGCGACAAACACCGCUACGACGAGAUCUUCUACACGCUGAUGCCCGUCAACGGCAAGAUCACCGGCGUCAACGCCAAGAAGGAGAUGAUGAACUCGCGGCUGCCGAACACCGUGCUCGGGAAGAUCUGGAAGCUCGCCGACUGCGACCACGACGGGAUGCUGGACGACGAGGAGUUCGCCCUCGCCCAGCACCUCAUCAAGAUCAAACUGGAAGGUUACGAGCUGCCCUCCGACCUGCCGGACCACCUGAUGCCCCCGUCCCACCGCAAGGACCCCACCGCCGACGCCCUGUACAGCCACACCGAGGACUAGAGCGCCAGCAGGGCGGCGAGCGCCCCCCCGAGAGACCGACUGACAGGAAGUCCACCUGCUGGUGCUCAGACUGACAGGGAACCAAUCAGCAGGCCCACGGCUACAGAGGUCAAAGGUCAAAGUUCAGGUGUUUUAUAAUGAGGAGCUCGACACUAAGGUGAUCUCAUCGGUUCCUGAGUCCAAAUAACCUGCUUUUAUUUUGGUAAGAGUUUAUACGUCAUUUAUUUUAAAGCAACAAACAACACUUUUAUUGUGAAAGAGAACAGUGUAUCCAGAUAUUUCCUGCUACAGCCACACGACUACGUGCUCUGCUCCAGAUAUGUAUCCACACAACUCUAUGGCAUUAUAUGAAUUGAUAAUAAUUAUGUGUUUUUAUUCUGAAGGCCAAAUACACUUUCCAAACGCCUAACUGUAGAGUUUCCUGUAAACUGGGGGAAGUGAUUAUUCUUGUUCUCCACCUCGUGACGCUGAUUGUCCAGAAGAGGAUUAGAGCCUCGUGGAAAAUGCAGAUCCUGAAACUAGGCGGAGCUAGAAGUUUGUUUUCAUGCGUCACGAAUCGUCCUCUGCAGCUGGAGAUGAAGGUCGAAGGAGCAUCGAGGGAAACCUGCUCCUGAGCUGAAGGUCAAACAUCUGCAGCCGAAGCUUCUACACUGGGGACCAAGAUCUAUUGUUUUCAUAAAGUCCAGAUUCUCAUGUCGGGUCCCGGCUGCAGAUGUUUGAAUUAUCGAGCUCAUGUAGGAAUAAUCCUGGUUUUUGAUUAGUUCUCUAAAGUAAACAUCCACAUAAACAGAGAUUUAGAGACUGAGAUGAAAACAUCACCUCAUAAAAAGUUAGAUUUUUGGAGUGAAAGGAUGUGAGGAUUAUUUUUAGAUGUAGUCAGACUCAGGUCACGAGGUCAAGAGGUCACGUCUCCUGCAGCUAAUCUCGACCUCCUGACUCGUCUUAACGUUCCUUGUAAACCCGACUGAGCGAGUGUUCUGCAGCAGGAAGUCGUUAGUAAGCUCAGCCUCCUCCUCGUGACGAUGGAGUUCAGAGUCGGUCCCCGUCCAGGACGCUGGGUCCAGGGUACUCUCAGAGGUCAAAGGUCACAGCCCGUCCUGUUUUAACAGCACAGCGAGCGCUGCAGCUCGUGGUUAACUGGUCCCUCGGGGACGGAUGGCGUCCUGAAACGUGUCCGCUCGCUUCUGUUUCCUCGUAUUGUAAACAUCAGCUCGGACGAGCAGAGCGGUGACCUCUGACCUCUGCUGACUGCACACCUUCCUCUCCGUGGAAUCCUCCGCUGCCUUCGUGUCUUAUUUCCAUUCUGACCUCGACUGGGGAGGAAACGUUUUCCACUUCCUGUCACAAAAUGACUGAAAGGAUUUGAUGCUUCAGUAAAUCUGAUUCUAUCAAAGUGAAUUUGCUUUUAAUUUCAGCAGCGAAGGUUCGACCAAUGAAAACAUUUGAUUCUCAUUCAGACGACUCGGGUUCAACCAUGUGACCUGUGACCCAGAGACACAUGAUCGCAGCGUUUUCCACACAAACACUAAAAGUAUAAGUUCAUUGUUGUCAUGGCAACGACACGUUUGAAUCCUUUCAUCUGUGUAUCAAACACCAGACGUCUGAUUAAUGCGUCUUCACAUUAGAAACCUUCAUAUUCAAAUGACUCUAAUAUCUCAAAUUAAAGUUCUACUCACAAAGGUUUCAUGAUUUUUAUUUUCUCAUCCAGUUAUUCUGAGAGUUUCUCAGAAUAACUGGACAUUUUUGAAAGUUUCUAUGUUUUGAUAAAGUUUUCAUUAUUUUCGGGAAUGAUUUUGACGUCAGGAUAUUUUAUUGGUGGAAAUGUUUCCUUGACGAUGUCUGUAAACUCCUCACUGAUAUGAAACGGUGUCACAUCCCUGGACGGAGCUGGAAAUGUGUACAUUCAUAUAUAAAGUAUAAAAACACUGUACAUGAACUACUGUAAAUAUGCUGAUGCUGAUCCACAGCGGCUGCUCCUCAGUUCUCUGAUGAUGAAGAGCAGCUUCUCGGUUUGUUUCCAUCUUGUCUCCACUUCUCAGAUUUUAACUUUGUGAAAAUCGAAACCUAAUCGACGACCAAAGUUUGUCACAAGAAUCCAGCUGAGAUUUCAAAGCUACAUUUGCACAAGUCCCCGGCAGUGCCUGUUCAUCUCAAUGACUCAGAAAGAGCGCCCCCUGGUUUCUGCUCGAGUCAAAGCCUUUAAUAUCUGCUCCGAGUGUUUCAGAGCUUUAACCUUCAGAACCUUCAGAACCUUCAGAACCUUCUGCUCCUAUGACGGGACGUGUUUGUCCUCGAGGAUCCCACAGCAGCUCGGUGCCUUCAGAACACAGAGUUCAGUUCAUUCUCCCACAGAGCGGCUGUCUCUGGGGAUUUCUCGGUUUUAGUUUUGAUCAAACUCAUAUUCAUGUGAAGGUGAAAGGUUUUAUUUUUGUGAUUUUUAACUAUUUUUUAUUCUUGCUGUUUGGACGUUACUCUGUUCUGAUGAUGCAGCUCAUCCUGUCCGCAGAGCUGGAGACUAAUAAAGUUUAUUCAACACGUGCACUCUGAA